CUUUCAAGUAUGUUAUUGUAAUAGUUAAUUUGAGGAAAAAGACAACCCUGCGUCAGCUUGUGGCAACCUGAGCAGUAAUGUGUGAAGAUGGUUAGCAAAAAGACAAGACAGGUUGUUAGAGUCAUGGCUUUCUGCACCGCUGGAAUGUAUUAUAAAAUCCAAGUCUUCGGGUUUUGUUUUGUACUCAUCUUAGUAUUCGAUAAGCCGAUCGUUAUCCCUUGCUAAUCAAAAUUGCUGCCAUGGAAGUCCUUCCUUGUGUUCAAGACAAAUCAAGCAUGGAUGUGAAAGAGUUCGAUGAAACAAAGGCUGGUGUCAAAGGACUUGUAGACUCUGGCACCACAAAGGUACCUAAAUUUUUCAUAUAUCCUCGGGAGACCUUGGAGAAGUACUCUGCCGGCAUUGCAAGUGAUAACAUCGGCCUCCACGUUCCGCUGAUAGACCUUGAAGGCUUUGGAAGUAGCAGAAGGAAGGACAUCAUUUAUGAAAUACGUGAAGCAUGCGAAAAAUGGGGUGUGUUUCAGUUGAUUAAUCAUGGAGUUCCAGUUAGUGUCAUGGAUGCUAUGAUUGCUGGUGCAAGAGGAUUUCAUGAACAACCCAAUGAAGUGAAGCAAGAGCUGUACUCGCGUGAUCCUACGAAGAUGGUGAAGUACUUCUGCAACAGCGAUCUCUUUGACCGCGAAGGACCAGCUGAUUGGAUGGAUAACUUGACAUUUCAUUUUGAUGCUGGUAAAGUGGACCCUGCUGUCCUUCCUCAUAUAUGCAGAGAUGCAGUGACUGAAUAUGUGGGAUGCAUGAUUGAACUGAAGAAGACAUUAUCUGAAAUACUCUCGGAGGCUCUAGGACUUUGCAGUAACUAUCUAGCAACCAUGGAAUGCAUGGAAAAUACUCCUAUCCGUUGCAACUAUUACCCGGCGUGCCCUGAGCCUGCCUUAACGCUUGGCUCUCUCAAACACACAGACCCAGAUUUUAUGACUGUAGUUUUGCAGGACAAUGUUGGUGGCCUACAAGUUCUUCAUCAAAAUAUCUGGGUUGAUGUGUCCCCGGUGCAGAAAGCCCUAGUCGUCAACAUGGGCGACCUGAUGCAGCUCAUCACCAAUGAUAAAUUCAAAAGCGUGGAACACAGGGUUCUAACCAGACAAAUCGGCCCUAGAGUGUCGAUCGCUUGCUUCUUCUAUCCUCAUUUAACACAGCUUUGUAAACCCAUUGGGCCAAUAAGGGAGCUUCUCUCCAAUCAACCAGCAAUAUAUAGAGAAACUAAUGUUCAAGAAUACAUGGCCUACUUCUUGUCUAAAGAAACUGGCACUCCAAGCCUACCUCAGUUUAAAGUGCAGCAAGAGCUUGCCGGACAGAUCGAGUGAUGGAGCCAGAUGAAACAUUCACAGACCAGUUUGCUGCUAAGAAAUGCAUUUCAUAAUAGUGAUUGAUGGUGUGGCAGUUGAAAUAUAUAUCCUAGACACUUCAAUAAGUCUGUAUUAAUCGUAUCAUCAAUUUUCUUCUGCA